AUGUUGAGAAAAGGGGGAUGCGCCUGUCACAGUCGUGGAAUUUGGGGCACCGACUGGACCGACACAACGGGCAGUCAGUGCGAUAACGCAAUCAGAGAGACAAUCCAGGAGGACAGAGCGACCAUCGUCGACGAUACGCCAGACAGACUCCAUUCUACUUGGCUAUCUCAAGAAUGCGAGGUGAGGGCGGGUCCUGAAUACGUCAUCAGGAAAUACACAUUUUUCGAGAAUGGCACAUAUUUACUCAUUAGGCAUCACUAUGCCGAGGAGUCUUGCAGCGUGGCGACACACACUGUUGUGGCAAGGGGGGUCAUUCGAAUCCUGUCAUCAUCUGGAUUAGCUCCUGGUGCUGCGGAAGCCAGUUACCAGCUGGAGCGCGUUCACAUUGUGCCCCUCACACGACAGGUUGCCCACAAAUUUGCCCACCGUGUGAACGUAACUUGCACACCGCAGCCCCGUUGGCGGCCCUACGUACCACAAAUAAUCUACGAACAGCCGCCGAAGCGUAUGUCAAAAUUCAAUUGGGAAGGUCCUACAUUCAAUUCCUUUCAGCGUCCAAUUCCCUCGAGAAAACAUGGGGUUCUCAAUUGUUUGGAGGCCUUGGGCAUUGAUUUCAAUGAGUUGCGUCUUGUGAGGGUUCAAAAGAAGCCCUCAACAUCGACAGCAUUUGGAUUGGGCUCCAAUGGGGAGCCGAAAGUAGAGCUCUUCCUGGGGAGUUUACCGCCAAAUAUUUAUCUCAGAAAGUCGCAUAGAUCUACGUCGCUCCAGCCCACUGCACUUCUCCGAGCUGACACGAUAAAAGGCUGUUUAGUCUGCAGCGCAAUAUCCCGCGGCACCGAGAACAGUCCUCCGCUUCUUCACGAAGUGGCAGCCCUGCCAGCCCUUCUCGGUGGCUCGUGGAUCUCCUCCAACUGCGAGAGUUGCGAGGGCGGCCUGUGGAUAAAGCGCCAGCUCACCGUUUUCUCCGGCGAUCUGCUGUGGACCGGCCGUUGGGAGUACUACACCGACCCCAAGUGCACGAAAUUCAUUUACGCCGUGACAGCAGCCGGAAGCUACGUCCAACGCGCCGGGCGCCUGCGCCGUCACGAGCUCAGCGAGCGGGACUUCAUCGAGCCGAAAGAGACUGUCUUCAGUUACCCAAUUGAAGAGAUUCUCAAUUCUGAGCCGACAGAUUCAGAUUCAAAAACGGAAAAUACGAAGAGAUUCAAAAGAAAUGCCGACCAACUUCAGCCGAAGAACUUCCAGAUGAAGAAAAGGGAUUUUUCUCCGUGGAUUAAGCCGGAAAUGGCGAAGAAGCUGUUGGACAUUUACGAGGAGGACCGAAGCCUCAGCGCGGCCAUGAUACCGAGAAUAAACUUCGAGGAAGCCGUCGUCGAGCCGAAAACCGAGACGACAUCAACGACCACAUCCACAACAACGACAACCACAGAAAGACAGACUGAAAGAAGAAAACUGGAAGAAACGACGGAAUCCCUGGCGGACAUGGCUGUGCGAAGAACAUUGAGCUCGGACGACUCCUACCGCCAUCUUCUUCGGAGAACCCACCCCUCUUUGGCGGAGUCAUUUGCCACGAUGCUCCGGGGAAACCAGAGACGCGAGGAAACAACAGCGAAACCAUUUGUCUCUCCAAUUCCCACCGGCACAACUGAACUCGAUCUUCACGUUGCCGAGAGCCAACUCAUUGCUGGCGAUCUCUCGAUAGCGGCGCGAUGUGGAGCUCAGAUUGUGAGCGAUGGGAGUGGGGGACUGAGAGUUGAGCCGCUGAGUUCGUGGCCGAGGAACUGCGUUCGGCACGCUCUUGAGGCGCCAUCGACGCUCGGGUUGAGGGCGAGGGUGGGAGUCAGUUGGAGUGGGCAGUAUACGCUGCUGGUUGGGCCGAGGGAUGAUAAUCUGUGGGAGGCACCUUUGAGACAGUGUGGACGGACCCCCAGCCAUAACUCCGCGCUCAGGGCGCAUCUCAGGCAGAGCUUGGGGCACAGGUACGGGCUUUUGAGGUCCUCUGGGGGGAGGCUUUCGGCGACGGGGAACUUUCGGUUAUUGUUAAUUGCUAUGGCUGCGCAAUUGGUGGUGCGCUGCGCGGGUCAUUGGCGGAGGGGGUAG